CAUUGUGGUGCCUGAUUUGAAAAUUAUCUAACAUGAGUGUUCUGUAGUUGUAGUUAGUUUUCAUUUCCAUGUCAAUUUCCCACUAUCCAGGUUGUCAGCAUGGAGAAUACCAGCAUGGGAAGUUAAGAAGAUACAGGGAAAUUGCAGCAAUGAAUUAAAAAGGAUUUUCAAACUAAAAUUGAGUUCUUUAGCAUCUCUUGCUUUUCUUUGAUUGGUUAAAGCCACAUGUAGCAUCUCCUAAAGCAUACAAAGGUUUUGCUCAAGGUUAAUUGCAAGAACUCAUCAUGGAUAAUACUGGGAGCUCAUCAUGCUGCCUCUGUGGCAUCCAGCAAGAUGAUCAGUUGAAGUUUGGACAGCUGUUUAAUGUUGGUGAUGUGUCUGCGCAUCACUUUUGCUUGCUCUUCUCGCCGCAUCUGGCGCAGAACGGCAAGGACGACGAGGGCGCCGAGGGCUUCCUCCCCGCCGACAUCAAGGCGGAGGUGGCCAGAGUCACCUCCACUAUAUGCUAUUUCUGCAACAAGGGAGGUGCCUCUGGCCUAUGUAUGAGCAUGAAGUGCAAGAAACACUACCACGUGGGCUGCGCCGUGCAGGCCAACGGGCUGCUGCAGUUCUUCGGGCAGUUCAAGUCGUUCUGCGAGGAGCAUCGGCCGCGCCAAAACGUGGUGGGCCGAGAGGCGGGCGAGAACUGCGGCAUCUGUCUCGAGCGCACCAACCCGGACGACGCGUACAACGUGCUGUGGACGCCCUGCUGCCGACACUUCUUCCACAGGCCCUGUCUCCAGAGAAUGGCGUACCAUUUUGGAUACUUUUUCUAUUGCCCAGGAUGCAGGAACAAGGACAACAUCAGCGGGUUUUUGAAACACAUGCGACACUUUGGAAUCUUUAUCCCGAAGAGGGACGCCAGCUGGGAAAUGGUGCCGAACGCGUUUGGUGAGCUGCUUGAACGACACCUGAUGUGUGACGUGCGCUACUGCCUAUGCAGCCGGGGCAGGGCUCACCAGGACAGCGAGGACGAUAGUAGCCCGUGGCGGCUGUGCGUGUGCGACACGUGCGGCUCGGCAGGCACCCACCUGGCGUGUUCGGACCUGGCGGCCAGCGUCGUCAGCUGGGCAUGCUCCGCCUGCUCGCUGCAGCGGCCGCUGCCUGCGCAGAAGUGCUCGCUCAAAGAGUUCGUCGAAGGCAGGGCGGCCGCCAGCAUGGCGCAGGGCGGGGCGGGCGGCAGCGGCGUGCCGCGACUGCAGAUGCCGCUGACUCUGCACGAGAUCCUGGCCGAGCUGGAGGAGCCGGAGAAGCUGGUCAAGUUCACCGUCAGCCCCAUCUCAGGCCUCACGGUCCAGACACGACCCGUGUCCGGGGUGCGGCUGGCGGCCCGCGAGCCCGGCGGCCGGCCGGUGACCUUCAGCUCGGAUCAGCUGCUGCCCGAGGCGGCCGUCUCCGCCGAGGAGCAGGCCUGGGCCGAGCAGCGACUCUGGUCGCAGAACCACGUGGCGGCCACCGAGGCCGGGGGCCACUGCGGCUACAGUCCGGCACGGCGACAGGAGGCGCGCGCGGCGCGCGGCCGCCGCCUGCCCGCCGCCGCCACCUUCCUCUGGACGGAGCGCGUCGGCGCCAGCAACACGCAGCCGGGCCAGCAGGCGGGCGAGGGUGCAGCAGCGUAG